AUUCUUUUGUUGCAAGUGGAAAGUACGAAAACUUCGCUAGUUUCAAGGAGGGAAUCCAAAAUCCCUCCUGUGUACGAACGCCAAACGGCCAGCAACAUUUCAUUUGAGAAAGGAGGUGUGUUUAACGUAUCAAAGCCAUGCAACCGUCAGCAGCAUCUGUCAUUUGUUUCUCGUGGCGUGAGAUUGGAGCCACUCGAGGAAGAUUCUUCGCAGAUGGAUACAAUUCCUCUAUUGACACCGACCAUGGAGUCAGACUUGCUAAAAGACCCAUGGAUAUUUCCACAGCAGAAGCCCGAUACAACAAAAGAAGAUCAGAGAGCAACAUCCUCCACAUGGGAGGAAAAUUUUCAGGAUUUAAGUGGUUGGUGCAUGGACACGUUCCAGGGUCAAUGCAAUUUUCACACAGGUGAAUCACCUACGUUUAAACUAUCAGGUACGAAAUACGAGGGUAACAGUGUCUUGGCUUCAGAAGAGGGGGUAUUGAAAGAUUUGAUGAGUGUAGCAGACAAAAAUAAGUGGAACGUGAAAAUGAAUGCUGUUGAGACAACUAAACAUAUAAACAGUAAUUCUCACAGUUUACAAUCUCCAUCAGAAAUAACUAGUGUUAAAUACGAGAAAAAGGAUAGUACCGCAGAAGUAAACACAUCUAACUCGUGGUUAAGGCUAUCAAAAGAAUCAACAGCUGCACCAAAUACAAGUUCAUGGAGUAAACAGAACGAUACAGAAGCUAGUACAACGUUCCAAUCAAGGUAUCACGUAGGAGACGUUGAUUUAAAUGAUGCUUGUCCGACUUUGUUCGAUUCCGCCGAUAAUCAGCCACAAACAUGGGACGUACUACGUACAGUUGAAACAACCGGGUCGGAUACAUUUGAUCUGUUAUCAUACCUUUGUGAUGAUGAAGUACGAUCUCCAGAAGGCAGUGUUUCAACAGAUUCGUCAUCAGUAAUAUCAAAGUCACCUUGGUCGUCUACAAGUCCAUUGGUGACGGUUCCACAGACUGACGUGAAAGUGAAAACCGAAAAGAACGGGAUAGCCGUUCCAGAAAGCGCAAACAGUCGAACAGUAGCAUCAACGGUAACUGCGUCUUCUAUAGAGACACCAUUAACAUCUCGAAGGACGAAAAGAACAAGGACACCGGUUACCAGUAAAGUGGAGAAAACAUACAGGACGAGACGCGAGAAAGCCGGACGAAAACAUUAUAUUGAAAGUGAUUCGGAUGAUCGAACUUUCGCGGUACAUUAUCGAGAAUCAAGAGAAAAGAACAACGAAGCUUCAAGAAAGUCACGUAUGAAUAAGAAAGCUAAAGAGACCGAGAUGGCCAUGAAAGCUAUCGAAUUGGAACGAGACAACAGGAUAUUAAAGAUGAAAGUGGAAGAACUCGAGAAACUUGUAACAUCCAUGCGCAGUGCGUUAUUGAGGUCCGCUUUAAAGAAAGAGUUCUAAUCACAUUUUCAGUUGUAUCGUUUUCAACAUACAUUUCAUUACGCGUCAAACACACGCAAAAGAUAACUUCGUUGUACUUUGCCUUUAUCGUUUCUUUUUCUCUCUCAUUUUCUUUCUCUCGCAAGUGUUCUACGAGUUGUUGUACACGUAAAACAUAAUGCAUUACUUUCUAUAUAUUUUUAUAUCGUUGUUAUGAAUGAUUCUUGAUCAUUUAACAUCUCAUGUUAUUAAUAUUUUAUUCAAUAUAUUGUUUGUACCGAAGAAUGUUAUUGGAUUUUUUAAUAUACGUAGUAUUGUAUCAGACAAAAAAAGAUAUAUGUAAAAUGUUUGUUGCACAAUGUUUGCGUUUAAGUUUUUCAAAGGCCAUUCAUAUUUAUGAAUGUUUUAUAACGUUUAUAAUACAAUGUUUUAUGUUAUGGUUCAUGUUAUGAAAUGAGCAAAAAAAGAAGAAAAAAAGAAAAUAUUUAAAGGAAGGAUAGAAGUGGGAAAAAUUGGGAAAGUUCGAAAAUAAGAUAACAUAAUCAUAUUUUGUUCAGCCUUGUAUUGUACCUGAUAAAAAAAGUAUGAAUAUAGAGGUCGGAACAAGAUAAAUUAUGAACGGUAAAAAUAUAAUUUUUUUACCAGCGUGGGCACAAUAGUGUGGCAUGAUGUACAAUUAAUCUUCGAAUAAAGAACAUGCUUUUUAAAAUUUAUCAUCUAAUAGAAAGUAUUACUUUUGUAGUACUGAUUGUACGAAUGCAAACCUUUUAGCUCGAUAUUUAAUUAAUAUGUUAUUCCUCGAAAACUAAUGGAAAAGAAACUGGUUUCUUCUUUGCAUUGUUAUAGAAAAGGAAAAUUUUUAAAACGAAUAAAAUCACACUACAAACAAUAAAUGCAUUUAUCUAAAUUCAAUGAGUCCUGUGUUUACAAAUAAAUCGUAAAUCUAAAGCGAUCUCUUCGUAUACAUUUACCAAGUAUUGUUCUAU